AUGGGGUCACGACAGCGACGUGCGCUGCCUGCUUUGUUGGGGAUUGCUGCGCUGCUAAGGUGGCACACCAGGCAGGAGGACGCGUUCGUGGCACAGCGGCAGCAAUCGAGUGCCAAGCAGGCCCUCGGCCCUCAAUUUGCAGAGAUGACAGCAUUGACAGAAAUGGAAGCAGAAGCUCAAACACGGAGGAAAAUGCUCAUAGGCUUGGCCAACUUGGCCACAGUUGGAGCAUCGGAACGGGCCUUUGCUGCAGAUUCCAAGACAGUCUUGGUUGCCGGUGCAACUGGCCAGACCGGAAGGCGAAUCGUCGAGAAGUUAUCAAAAAUGGCUGAUGUAUCUGUGGUCGGUGGUGUCCGAGAUACAGCCAAAGCUGAGAAAGAGUUGAGCAAAUCUUCGAUUGCCAUCCGAGGCGCGAUGAUAGACGAAGUCAAAGCGGUUGACACAAAGGGAGUCGCGUUAAAGCCGUUGGAUGUCACCAAGGAUUCUGUAGACAAGCUGUCUCAAACUCUGACUGGAUGCAAUGCCCUCAUCAUUGCGACAGGUUUCGUCCCUUCCAACCCAUUUGCAAUGGGGGCCGAUGCGCAUGCUGUCGACAAUUUGGGAACAAAGGCUCUGGUAGAUGCCGCGAAGAAGUCUGGAGUUACCAAGGUUGUGUUGGUCUCCUCCAUCUUGACAAACGCCCGAGCAUGGGGUCAAGAAAACAGCCCUGGUUUCCAGGUGACGAAUGCUUUCGGCAACGUGUUGGAUGAAAAGCUUGAAGCGGAGAACUAUUUGCGUGCCUCAGGCAUUGACUACACAAUCGUCCGGCCAGGGGGCUUGAAGUCCACAGCACCUGAGACCAAUUUGCUGGUGUCCAAGGAGGACACUUUAAACAGUGGAGAAGUCUCGCGUGAUUUAGUUGCGGAUGUCAGCAUUGCGGCAGUCUUUGACGGCAAGGCAUCCAAUAAAGUUGUGGAAAUCAUCGAAGAUGACAAAGUCAAGCGUGCGCUGGCUGUUCAAGCCCUGCUUUUGAUAGUGCUCGCCUUCAGGCCCUGGGCUUUUGCAAGUGGUCGCCGUGGAGUGCUCGCCAGGUUGGUGCCGCCGGCGUUGGCGGCUGAGGCGAGUAGAUCGGAUGGCUUCAGCUACACUAUGUUGUCCCCAGGAUCUGAGGGCACCACGCCGCGUGAUGGCCCAGUUCGGGCGUACGCCAAAGUGUGGCUGAGGUUCACCGGACACGUGGAUGGUUUCGACGGGCCAGUCUUUGACUCCUCAGCGCUGCGCGGUGCGCGGCGCCCUGUCAAAAAGGACUACGUGGAGAUCGAGUGCAACACAGAUGAUACGUUUGCUGCGGGGAUGUGGGAGGCUCUGCGCCUGAUGAAGGUGGGCGAAAAGGGACGUUUCGUCCAGCCCCCUGCGCUGAGCUUCGGAGAGGGCAAAGCAUCCUUUCAAGGAGAUGAGGAUUCCGAUGUGAAGACAGUGCCUGCAGGUACCACGCUGUACUAUGAUGUUGAGCUGGUGAAAAUAAUUCGGCCUUGA